AUGGAGUCCAGCAAACCCAAACGGAAACCUAACUGGACCGAAGACGAAACGUUAAGCUUAGUUCGUUUGGUGGACGAAAGGAAAGACAUAAUAAGAGGUAAAUUUGGAGCAGGCGUGACAAGCAAGAAGAAGAAGAAGGAAGCAUGGUUGGCAGUCACCGAAGAAAUAAACGCCGCAUUCCCUUCCGUGCUACGAACAUCGGAAGACUGUGAGAAACGGUGGUAUAACGUCCAGUGUAGAUCACGAAAAGAAAUUUCUACGCAAAAGACACACAUGCAAGGCACAGGAGGCGGUCCCGUGAUGAACCUGAGUGGUAUUGCUGAAGCGGUUUACGAUGUUUUGGGGCAUUCCAAUGUUUCCAUAAGUGGGGUUGACGGUGGCCUUGAUUCGUCAUUGAUUCAGGUCAUUGAUUUAGGCACAAGCUUAAUACGAGGGUUGGAAUGGGAAUGGGAACUGUUUUUACAUGCCCACAUCCACUGA